GCGGGCGCAGCAAAUCAUCACUGCACACAUGCAGCUGGAGGAACAAGGCGAUGUGGGAACUGUCUCCACAAACAGUGUGCCCAUACUUUCCAAGCUGGAGCGGACAGCUCCCAAAACCGCACGCUCUCACGACGUGUCGCACCUCUGCGACCAGCCGAUGCACUUGACGCCCAGCAUUCCGAUGUCUCUGAUCGAGGAGAAGGAUCAUGUAUACGAGAGCAGCUUCCUUCCGGUAGAUGCUACCAGCAGUUACCGCGAAGAAGAUGGUCUCUGGCACACUCGG